AUGUUACCCUGUCUUCCAUGUGACAAUCCAAGUUUUAUGAAUUGUAUUUCUAGUCUAGCGAGACUACAAACUUCUGUUGAUCUCAUAAAUGAAGCACAAAUCAAUUAUGAAAAGCUACUCGAUAUUUAUUUACAAAAUCCUGAACAAAGUUUUAGUGAAAUUGCAGCAAUCUAUAAUACAUUAUCGGAGAUAAAUAUAGAAAAACAAAAAGAUUAUACUUUGGGUCUUUAUUAUAAACAAAAAGAAUUUGAAUUUGAAUUGAAAUAUAUGACAAUGAAACCAGAUCGUACUGAAGCUGCUAUCGAUCUCGACAAUCAAAAAAUAGGUAAAAUGUAUGAAGAAUUAGCUAAUAUUUAUGUUCAAUUAUGUGAAUAUGAUUUUGCACGCGACAAUUUUAAACUGUCUAUACAAUUCUGGGAAUAUACAAAUUCUUAUCGAUCAAACGAACAAAUUACAAUUGCUACGAAAAAAUUAAAGGAUCUUGCGAGGAUUUCAAAGAAUAUGUGA